CACCUCAAUUUUCUCUCUAUAUGCAUUUUGUAUAUAUAUCCAUCUAUCACCAUAUGUAUAUGUAAAGAGUACUCCAUCCUCACCUCUCUCCUUUGAAGAAGAAAAAGAGAGUAGUAAUAAUAGAAAUGCCUUGUUCACUUCAGCUGCAGAGGAUCAACCACACAAUCACCACCACUCUCGCCGGAAACUUCCACAAACCGCCUCAACCGACAUGGAUUAUCCCGGUGCAGUUCUCAGUCCCUAACAAUCACUUACAUUACCACACCCACGCUGUAAGCCCCAAUCAGUGCUGCUCCGCCGUGGUGCAGACCAUCUCCGCCCCGAUCGACGCCGUAUGGUCACUAGUCCGCCGAUUCGACAAUCCGCAAGCUUAUAAGCAUUUUCUCAAAAGCUGCCACGUCAUCGUCGGAGACGGAAACGUCGGCACAUUAAGGGAGGUUCAGGUAAUUUCCGGCCUCCCUGCCGCAUCUAGCAAGGAGAGAUUAGAAAUCUUAGACGAUGAUGAACACGUCAUUAGUUUCAGCGUCAUCGGCGGCGAUCACAGGCUGAACAAUUACCGGUCGGUGACGACGCUGCAUCCGGCGGAUGAUGAAAACGGAACGGUGGUGGUGGAAUCGUACGUAGUGGAUAUUCCAACAGGGAAUACAAAGGAAGAAACGUGUGUAUUCGUUGAUACAAUUGUACGUUGCAAUUUGCAAUCGCUAGCGCAAAUAGCGAUUGCAAAUUGCUGAAAACAUGCCUACAACUAAUUUGUAGUCAUUGUGACUAUUUAAUUAGAUUAAUUUUGUAUAUUUCUUUGAUUGAUUUUGUUUUUUUGGUGAUUUUUUUUUUUUGGAGUGAUAGAUCGAUGAACUUUUUGCUUAGGAGGUGUUAUAACCUUAGGUUAUCUCCUAUGUUUCAUUUGUUAGUGAAAAAAAUCUCCAAUUUCAGUGAAUGUUACUGUUCGAAAUAUUUUCCAUCAUGUAA